CACGUACUAGGAAGUAGUAAUCGCUGAGACGGCUUUAAACAAAUUAAAUUAAUUAAGUAGGUUGCGGACAAAAGUGUUAAAAUCUUGAGUUGGUUAAAGGUGUUGGGUCAACACUAACAUGAUAUCAUAGGCAAAAGAGGAGUACUCACUCGCAACAACAUCAUUUAGCCGGCCCAAAAAUAAGCGGCCCCCAAAGUUAUCUUAUUCCCAAAAAUAAUGUAGGAGGGCUGCUGAUUGAGAAAAACAUUUGGAAGGUGCUUGGUUGGGUGGUUUCAUACCCAAAGUAGGAGAUUCAUUCCCAAUUUCUAAAUUUUUGUUGCUUGGUUAAAAAAUUGGGAGUGAGAAGGUCCCACAUAAUUGGGAUUGACUCCCAAUAACUCAUUCCUCAACUUUUUGGAAGUUAUGAAUCUCUCCAAAAGAAUAUUACCUUCGAUGCCCCUUCUUCUUCCUCUCUCAGCUCACCAGCCACCAUUUACACAUACCCAUUAUCACUGUGCAAUCUCAAAUCCACCGCUAUCUCCCCACAUUUUUGCACUUUCUUAUCUUCAAUCUUGCCAAUUCAACAAAACCCAUUUCAAAUUUUCUCAACUUAACAAACCCAAGGCACAAUUAGAGUGUUUAGCCAUGUCAAUUUCAUAAAACCCAGUUCAAAUUUUCUGAAUUUAACAAACCCAAGACGGUGAAUUUGAAUUAACCACCAGUUUUUUUUUUUUCUCUGCGGCUAACACAUUGAUGGGUUCGCCAAUGGAGAUAGUGGCAUGGUUAUUGAGAUUGCUCAAUGGUUUAAUUAAAGAAUCAAGUUUUGUGACUAUUUUGAAAAUUGAUUAUAUUCUUUGUUCCAAUCUUCUUUCUUUCUUUUUUUUUUUUUUUUUUUGAGUUCAUUCUAAAUUUGGGGUAGUUGAUUCUGGAUUCAAUUUGGGUUGUUAAUCCCAGUUGUUGUUGUUCUUGGGCCAAGACGGCCGGAAGAGAAGACAAAGUAGUGGUGGUGGCUGAUAGGCGGGGGAAUUGAGGAGAAAUGGUGAAAUGGGAGAGUAUAGGGUUACGGGUAAAAGUGACAUUUUAUAUUGCUUAAAAUUUUUAUAUAAUUUUUCUAUGAAUCCCAUUGAAGAGUAUCAAACCCUUGGUGAACCAGACACUCUCUUAUAUAUGUAGAUGAAGUUCCUUUUAGAAUUGUGUUACAGAUUUGGUUAAGAUGAGAUUAGCAGGACUUUUGGAAGUUAUCUCCAAGAAUUAGUUUGCAAUAUUAGAAUUAUCAUAUAUACUUCUGAGUUCUGACCCUAUGGUAGGGGAACUUCACCGGCCUAUAUAUAUAUUUUUUUGCAAAAAGAAGUCAAAAAGCUCUUGUUACUUGGAACUUAGAAAGGCAAAAACGAGAUUAUCGGCUACUGAAGUGGAAAGUGUGAAGAAAUAUUUUUACUGGGGAGUAGGUAUUUUCUCCUGUUUGGAGUUUUGCUCCUCUUUUUCAAACUCCCUCAAGUUCCUGGGAAAUUUCUUCUGAUUCAGAAAUAUAUCAACUUGCACUUACUGAUUAGCACUUUAAGCUAUCAAUACUUUUCCAUAGCAACCCAACAAAGUUAAAGUCUAAAACGUCAUUUGGCAUCCGACAUGGUGUCAUUUAAAUCCAAAACACUUGUAGAAUAAGAUCUCUGACAACGAUACAAUACAGCCAUACCUGUUACAUGAUGUUUAUGGCAAACUGGCAAUCCCAUUUCUUCAGCACCUAAAACCGCCCACUGGAAGGGUUUUUUAAUCCCUUUUUUCUUUUUCCUUUUUUUUUUUUGGCUUGUUAGUUUCUGAAGCUACCCACAGAACUGAAAGAAGCAUUACUUCUGGUUUAGUAGUUUUCCCUAAAGAGGACAAAAUUACCAGUUCAAGUAGAGAUAACUUGCUUAAACAUUGGAUAUCAUUAAUACUCAAAGGCUCAGUUGAUAAUUUAAACAAUGUAAAGCGGUAAACAGAAAGAAAGUCAGAUAGGUAGAAGAAUGUCUAAGGAACCAACUUAUUAGGGUAAAAAUAUAUAAAAAUUAAAAAAAAAAAAAAAAAAAAGCAAAUCUUGGUGCCUGUUACAUGGAAUUUUGGUUCAGAAAAAUGUUAGAUCCUUGAAACUGGAAGUCAAAAUCACAUGGUGAGCAGUUAAUCAACUGAAUUUGGACCAACAAUUCGUCCUUCUUUUGGUUUCCCCAAUGCACCAUAAAAUUCUCCUAGGAAUGAGGUACGGUUCCCAUUCCAACUAACCAUUCCUUCAAAUUAACUGUUUGCUUAAGUUAAUAUGACAGUUGAAAGUACCCCUUUAGUCUGCCUAUAUAUAUUCAGCCAAAUUGGUCAUUUUAGGCACCAACUCAUCCAGCAAAAGAAGAACAAGAAGAAGAAAGAAAAGAAAGAGAAAUCUCAGAAAUGGAAAUUCCUGUUAUCAACUUUGCGAAACUUGAUGGUGAGGAGAGGAGCAAGACCCUGGCUCUUCUCCACCAAGCUUGUGAGAAAUGGGGCUGUUUCAUGAUAGAGAACCAUAAUGUCGACAAAGAUCUGAUGGCAAAAGUGAAGGCAGUAGUGAAUCAACACUAUGAAGAAAACAUGAAGGAAAGGUUUUUCAAGUCUGAGAUUGUGAAGAGCUUAGAUCACAAAGAAACUACCCGAAACAUUGACUGGGAAAGUGCCUUCUUUGUUUGGCACCGACCUGAGUCCAACAUUGACCAGCUUCCAAAUCUCCCAGCGGAAUUUCAGAAAUCGAUGGAUGAGUACAUUGAUCAACUGAUCAAGCUGGCAGAACUUCUCGCAGAACUGAUGAGCGAGAAUCUUGGGUUGGAGAAGAACUACAUAAAGCAAGCAUUCUCAGGGAGCAAAGGUCCCUCUGUGGGAACAAAAGUGGCAAAAUACCCUCACUGUCCACAUCCUGAACUGGUGAGAGGACUUCGGGAACAUACAGAUGCUGGUGGUAUUAUUCUCUUGCUCCAAGAUGACAAGGUUCCGGGCCUUGAAUUCUUUAAAGAUGGACAGUGGGUGGAAAUUCCACCAUCAAAGAACAACAGAAUCUUUGUCAAUACAGGUGAUCAACUGGAAGUGCUAAGUAAUGGAUUAUACAAGAGUGCUCUGCAUCGUGUCAUGACAGACAAAAACGGAAGUAGGCUUUCCAUAGCCACCUUUUACAACCCUGCUGGUGAGGCCAUAAUUGCUCCAGCACCCAAGCUCUUAUAUCCACAGGGUUUCUCCUUUCAAGAUUAUCUGAAAAUCUAUGCUGAAACCAAGUUCGCGGACAAAGUUCCAAGAUUUGAGAUUAUGAAAAAGUUGAACAAUGGUCCACAAGAUCUUCUGGUAUAAUAGAACCAGCCAUCAUGAUAUAUUCCAAAGAAUGCUGUUUGUGUGUUUAUUCAGAAUUUUCAUUUUCCUUAUGGGCAGAGUUCAAGAGAAGCUAAUGCAUCCUGCUUCCUGUACUUUGGCCCUACAUAUAUUACUAUAGUUCUGUUGUUUAGAAGGAAGGAAAAAAGGUGAUGUUUUACUCUUACUGAAAUAAACAAUAAAAAAGAGGAUUUUUCUUCAAUAUUGCU